CAUAUAUGAUUUCAUUAAUAAGCCAUGUUGAUUGUUUCUAAAGCUUCACCGUGAAUUAGUUUGACGUCCAGCUGCAGAACCAUCAUCUUUGUGAGCUAAUUUGCCCAGCAGGGACAAGAGUAACUACUAGUCUAAUGAUGGACAAAAUAGUGAAAGAUGUGGGCGACAUCCAGUCUCGGCUGCUGGACCACAGGCCUGUCAUCAAUGCAGAAGUCCGAUUCUUUGUCAGAGAGUUUGAGGAGAAACGGGGCUACAGGGAGAACCGGCUGCUGGAGAACAUCAAUAAAAUGGUGCAAGAGGCAGAUGAACAAAUGCGGCCCCUGAAUGUGGAGGACGUGAACCAGCAGCUGUCUGACGUCUUUAAACGGUUGGAGGCCGCUAACCACAUGGCAGAGAGAGUCCAGCAGAGGGAGCUAGACGCCCAACAGGGAACCCAGCUGCAGGCGAACAUGGAGAAGUUGAAAGAGGACUGGGCCGAGUUUCUGAAGGAGCAGCAGAGAUUAAAGGAAGAGGUGGAUGAGGAGCACGCCAAGGCUGUGGGAGAACUCAGCGCCCGCUUCAAUGAGAAGAAGAAGAAGGACUUGGCCCAGUAUUCGCUCAUCUGAUCAGCGGGCGUCCGGGUGGGAGGGGGUGAAUGGACCCAUUCUCUGACUAUAUGAACACUUUGUUGCAGGUAUGAACAUCUGUGCUUCGCAUGCAGAACUAGACCAUUAACUCUGCCUCACGUGUACGGCCCUCGGCAGGAAAAAGCACAGCACUCACAGGUGCCGUUCCUACAAAAGAUUUUCAACAAAAAAAAGGUGCAUUUCCCCAAUCAUGAAUAUGAAACUGACUAAAAUGUGGCGUUUUCACAGGCCAUCAAACUCACCCUUUUCUUUCGUAAGCGCAUGGAACAUGCACACCAUGAAAGAAGACUGCACUAUGUCAUUUUUAACCAAACAAUCUCGUGAUUGUUCCUUGGCUGUGAAGUUUUCAACAAUUCAAGAUUUUUAAUGGACGCCUGCCUGGAGGUUUAUGUUGAUAAAUUAACAUCAUGUUGACAGGAACCUGAAGUUUGGCACCAGGAUAGUCCAAACACUGAAAGAGAGAUCAUUAAAUGUUUGAAAGCUUGUCUGAGCAAGUGUGUUAAAAGUUCAGGUCAAGUGUUGUACAACAAAACUCUUUCCCCUAGAAACCAUCUCUCAGUCGAGGCCUGCGCAGCGAAGCAGCGGCGCUGGACUGCAGGGGGAACGUCCAGUUCUGAGGGUCAGUGUCGCUGUGUCUUCCUGGAGCGGAUCAAAUCCUACCGGGUUCAAGGCAGCGGCGCUAACAGUCAGGACUCUUAGAAAAUGACAAAAAAAGAAAAUAAAUAGAAAAGACACUGGUGUUUCAUCUCAGAAUAAAUUAUUUGACUGAAAAAAAAUCUUCAAAAAAAGGUCCAGAAGAGGAUGAUUGUGUUGCCCAAAGCAGAGUUGAUUAAUCUAAAGCUGUUGACUUUAAAAGGUCUGAAACAGAUGAUAAUGUUUUUUAAUUAAUAAUAAAUCGGUAAACGAUGAAGGAUUUUCUUGUUCAUGUGAGUCUCUGCUGUGUCAGAGUUGCCAGAUUUCAUUAAAUGUUAACUUUAUGUUCAUAAUAGUAUGUACAUCCAUUUGAUUUUAUUGUAAUAAACUGAACAAAAUCUGUGAUAAACUGUAACCUUUUUUUAUUCAGCAUUUUAGAGUCUGGAUGAAAGAAAAUAAACUUAAGCAUUUGCAAAAGCUCUACUGACGGGUUUGAUUUCUUUAUUAUUACUACUUUUUAAGAUGACUGCAACUGUAUCUGAC